AUGGUUAAGUUUGAUAAUUAUGUUAUAGAAAAAGAAGAAGAACCAAGAAUGACAGUAAAGAAUAGCAGUGUAACUCCCAAAAAGAAUCACACUCCAUCAUCAUCAUCAUCAUCAACAUCGACAUCAUCAUCGACAAUCGUUGCUACCAAGAAUGUUGACACUACCAACAACAACAACAAGAAUCAAGUAGAUAACACCGAUAGCAAUGGUAUGGCUAGACAAUGGAGAGACAUUGGUGUAACAGCUGGUAGCAGUCUUACCGAUAUCAAACCGAUUUUACUUGAAAAUAUUUAUAGUACAGCUACAGGUAUGAAGAAAAGACAGAUUGUGUUGAAUGGAUUCGUAACCAGCAUGUGCAUGGCUGGUGAGAAUCUUUUGUUGGUCAGUGCUGCCGGUAUGUUAUACCAAUAUUCGCUCGAUACCUUCAACAAGAAGAAAAAGAAUACAGGUGAUCAGUCAGUUGAUCAGACAAGAGAUCCAAUCGUCUUGUCCUCAGAUCAAAUAGUAGUCUUCAUGGCAACCAAUCCAGUGAAUCCAGAUCAUCUAUACUUUGCCACACCCAAAGAGAUAUCAUUCAUCAACAUUCGUAAGAAUAACUCAACAACCAACAACAAUAAUAAUAAUAAUAGCAGCAACAAUAGUAAUAGUAAUAGUAAUAAUAAUAAUAACAACUCUAAUAAUAAGGAUAAUGAUAAUAAUGGUGAUAAUAAUGUACCGAAAUAUUUGUUGACUACUUCUUGUCCACGUGGAAUCGUUAUUCAUGGAAGUGGAAACUAUAUGGCCGUUUAUUCGGAUACAGAGUAUUUGGUGAUUGUCAAUCUCCAGACUGGAAAUCAGAAGCACUAUCAUUCACAAGACAAGAUUACAUCGGUUGCUUUCCAUCCGGUCCAGUUGACUUUGUCGUUCGGUACUUCACAGGGUCGUAUCCAUCACAUCCAGAUCGGUGCCGCCAACUUUAGUCUGCGUGCAUCCGGUUACCUCCAUUGGCAUGCCACUCCCGUCACCGCCUUGGAGUACUCGUGCGACGGUAAUCUCUUGUUGUCCGGUGGUUACGAGUCCACUCUCACCAUAUGGACCACUGCAACUCAACGUCGUAAUUUCCUUCCGAGACUGGGCGGUGCCAUCAACUAUAUCAACAUCUCACCAAGUACCACCUAUGCAGCGGUAACUCUCAAAAAUAAUGCAAUCAAGAUCGUUUCAUUGUCCGACUUGUCGAUCGUCAGUGUGAUUCGUGGUCUUCGUAAAGCGAAUUCCAUAUUCACUGCCGACCAAAACACCGUGACUCUUGCAAGCUACGGAGGUGACGGAACCAUCCAAUUCUUUUCACCCAGAAAAAAUUUGGUAACAGGCGAACUCGUUGUCGUUCCACCAAAUAACUCGUCAAUCUCAACCACCAAGGCAAUUAAAUUAUCAUCGUCGGAAGCCAAUCACAAUCCAUUUGAGUUGCCAACUUCGGUUGUCACACACGUUGCAUUCCACUCUGAUUCCACCAUGGCGACAUUCGAGCAGCGCAUAGACGAACAAGAUCGAUCUCAAUUGUUUGUACGUGAUCAAAUCUUGAAAUUCUGGAAUCUCGAUGAGAACUCCAACUAUCAAUGUUUCUUUUCAGUGACAUGUCCACACAACACACCAAUUCUCUCAUUGCAAUUCCAUCCGAAACUUCCAAUUCUCCUCACUGGUGCCGAGCAAGAUUUCAAAGUUUGGCAACGUAAAGACGAGCGAUGGAGCUGCGUUUUCACAGGUGGAUACGAAUCGCUACCAAUUCAAUCGGUUGCAUUCUCAAAGGAUGGAUCGGUAUUUGCUGCAUCCGCCGGUCACAACACCACCCUCUGGAAGCUAAAGGACUAUCAAUUCAUCACAAACAUCACCAACACUUCAACCUAUACACCAAUUAGAGAUCUACAUUUCCUUCACAACGAUGAAUACUUGCUGACCGGCUUCGGUGACUAUGGUCUCACUGUUUGGAAUCUUGCAACACUCACACCAAUUCUCAGUGUCACCGAGCGUAUCGAUUCCGUUGCGGUAUCGCCAGAUGCUGAGCGUUUUGCCAUCUCUGGAUUCCUUAGCGAACCAAACAACUUCUUUUUAGCGGUUUUCAACGAUCAAUUCCAGUGCGAAACCGUCGAGGUCACCCAAUUCCCAGUGCGUGGACUCGUGUUUGUCAGAGAAGCCAAAGCUCUCGCUGUUUAUUACUCACCGUUUGCCCAUUGCGUCUGUGGUAUUUCCAUCCCCGACAGUGUCUCUGCAUCGACCUCUGCCUCCAAUAAACUGAAUGCAUUGAACGACGACAUGGUGAAGUCGACAGGUGUUUUACCAACCAAUGUCAAACUGCAUUUCAAGAACACCAAGAAGGAAAACAAGAAGAAGAAUGCCAAGCCCGAUUGGGAGCAAGAGGCCAAAAAGAUGGUCGAGAAAGAAAUCGGAAAACAACAAGAAGGUGUUCAAGUUGUUUCAAACACAGCCAACCAAUUGUUCAAUGUUGCAUCUCAUAUCAUUCCAGGAGUACAAUCGAUCUAUCAAUCGUUUAUGGAUUCAAUGUUGACCACGAAAACAUCUACACAACCAACCGCCAACGAAUCAAACAGCAGCACAACCGCCAACAUCAAAGUACCACAGGUCAUUCAACCACAAAUCCAACCAAAACAAUUAAAAUUCGAUUUAUCAUCACUCAGUUCUUUGCAAUAUUAUUUCGAUGACAAAACAUCAACCAUACUACCAACAAAAACAGCAACGACAACAACCACCACCAAUCAAAACAAACAACAAGUUCAAAAACCAGUAGCAACAGCAGAAUCAACCAAUACAACUCCAGCUCCAACCAAAAUAAACAAGAAUUACAAAGCAUCAUCAGCCAGUACCACCACAGCUGCAACACCACAAACCAAUAAAAACGAUACAGGAGAUAAGAGAAAGAGAGAAGAAGGAGAUAACAAAGAAAAUCAACCUGAAACCUCUCAAGCCAAGAAGAAACAAGCUACUUCCGAAACACCAAUCACCAAAAAAACAACAUCCAUAAAUACCGCAUCCAAACCAGCAGCAGCACAAACUUCUGAUGUCAAAUCAAAGAUUCCAACAUCCUCAACAAAGAAAUCAACUGCAACAUCAAAACCAGUUGAAAAUGGUUCAUCCAAAGUUGAAGCCAAACCAAAAUCAAAGAUUCCCUCAUCAAAGAAAUAA